CGCUCGUCCCCAGCGAUUCGCACUCGCACCUGGCGCCAAGCGAACAGCCAGCAACCAGCCAGCCACCAAAUCCGAAUCCAAAAAGCCUCCAAUCAAAAGCCGUCAAAACACCAAACUCCGCUGGUCGCGCAUGCGCACGCGCGCUAAAAACGCUAAAUGCUAAACGAAAUCGAAAACCGAAAACUGAAAACUGAAAAUCAAAAAACUAAAAACCGAAAAGUAGCAGUCAAAAGUGACCGUUAUUAAAAGUUGAGCCCCGCAGGCAAACCCAGCCAGCAUCUUGGGCCGUUAUAUAAUCGAGAGUGGAAACUGGAGAUCCGGACUUCUGGCCAAGUUAAGCAAAAAAACUCCAGCUUCUGCGCACAAUAUUCGCCAUGUCGUCGCCGCCCAGCCAGCGAACUAAUUAAUGCGCGGCGGUGGAAAGAAAAGCAAAGCGGAGCUGGGAGACCUCGUAAAUUAUAAUACUUAAGACUUAAGGCCGGAAAAAAGUGCUCGACUGGAGAGACGCGAACCGCCUUCGUUCCCAGUGACUCCCAAUACCCGAAACAGUCCCCGGAAUACAAAAAAAUAAAAAGGCAGAGGGAAAAACCCUCGACCGCCCAUUUGACUGGCAGCGUGAAAGUGAAAAGCAUCUGGUCAUCGGCAGCAGGACAAAGCUUAAGACUCGGAUAAAGAUAUUGCAGCAGCUAAAGAUACAGCUACAGCUUUAGCUACAGAUACAGAUACACUAUUUGGAGAUACGGACUCUGUGGGUCAGUCAUGCGCGCGAUGAGCGGCUGAGCUGCGCCAGCUGCCCGAGGAGCGGCCACCAAGAUGAUGAAGCCAUCACAGUCGGCGCCGCCGUCACCCAAACACUCGCGGUCACACUCGCAGUGCCACCGGCAGGCACCGGUGGCGAGUAGCGCGACCUUGAGCUGGCUGUGCCUCCUGCUCCUGCUGCCGUCUUCCAGGCAAUUCGAGACGGACUGUGGCUGUCGACCAGCGCGUAGAGGACCGCGGAUAAUUGCCGGAGCUGCCACGAACGAAGGCCAGUUCCCGUGGCAGGCUUCCCUGGAGCUGUUGCAUCCAUCGCUCGGAUUCCUGGGCCAUUGGUGCGGGGCGGUGCUCAUCCACCAGUACUGGAUACUCUCCGCCGCCCACUGUGUUCACAACGAUCUCUUUAACCUGCCCAUUCCACCUUUGUGGACGGUGGUGCUCGGGGAACACGAUCGUGAUGUGGAAUCGGGCAACGAGCAGCGGAUUCCCGUCGAGAAGAUCGUGAUGCACCACCGCUACCACAACUUCCGACACGACGUGGUCCUCAUGAAGCUCUCGAAGCCAGCGGAUCUCGAAAGGGCCUCCAACAUCCGUCGGAUUUGCCUGCCCUUCCUGCUGGCCGAAUCGCAGGAUAACCUCUCGGAGGCUCCAGCUUCGUCGCCCGACGAGGAUGUGCUCAUCCAGCAACUUGAUCUCGAGGACGUGCCCGAGAAGAUCGACAACUUCCUGCGGAGCGUCCAGGGGCGCAGACGCUAUCGCAAUGUCACGGCUCCCAGCAUGAAGGAGCUGAUGAACAUGAAGAUCCUCAGCAGGAUGCGUCAGGCGCUGGCGCAACGCUCCCCGCGCAGCUUGAAACGCUCGCGGAGACGCAACGACAAGCUCAUGAAGCUGGGUCCGCGGCGGGAUGAGGGCGAGUCCGCCGAGCAGAAGCACCUCAAGGUCAGCGAGGAGCCCAAGGAGAUGGCCUUCGUGGACUGCGUGGCCACCGGCUGGGGCAAGGCCAACAUCAGCGGCGAUCUCUCCAAUCAGCUGCUGAAAACUCAGGUGCCACUGCACCAAAAUGGAAGGUGCAAGGACGCCUACGGCAGCUUCGUGAACAUCCACGGCGGCCACCUGUGCGCCGGGAAGCUGAACGGCGAGGGCGGCACCUGCGUGGGCGACUCCGGCGGACCGCUGCAGUGCCGCCUGAGCCGCGACGGCCCCUGGAUCCUGGUGGGCGUGACCUCGUUCGGAUCGGGAUGCGCCCUGGAAGGAUUCCCGGACGUGUACACCCGCACCUCGUACUACAUGAAGUGGAUCGAGGACACGAUCGCCGCCCACUGAUUACAA